AUGGAUGGUGGCUUUGCAGCGAGCAAAUUUGAGUCUACCGUCAAGGCCCAAAAUAAAGGUCGGACCCUCUAUUUGGCAUCCAAAUCGCCGUCCGUACCGAACUUGAAUGAGGCGUUUCAAAGCGACGUCAGGCCACGUAUAUCGCCAGGAAGGGGCCAAAGCCAGCUAAACGUGCUAUCUGUAACUGAAGAACUCACGGGUUCAAGUGUCAUUGAUCUGUACGGGGACGAAGAAGACGAACAAGACGAACAAGGUGACGAAGACGAGGGAGAAAACCAGGAGGACGAGGGAACUGACGGCCUUGCUUCAGACAACCCUCGUAGUUUUACCGCAUCCCCUUCUGUCAGCGCGCCUGCUGGAAACAUUAGCAGCAGAGACCUGUCGCAUUACGACCGCUAUGGUUUCAAGAAGCACAACUCUCAUAUUUCACAGGAAGAAUAUCAUGCAUGGUGGGACGACUACUCUCGGUAUUGCGUCCGCAGAAAACGCAAGUGGCAAGACCUGCUUGAGAAAAGUGGCUUGGUGUCUGUGAACGGCGUUCCUGACCGCUUUCCCCCGAGAAGCGAAAAGCUGAAAAGAUACGUUCGGAAAGGCAUUCCAGCAGAAUGGAGGGGUCAGGCUUGGUGGUAUUUCGCGCGGGGCCAGGAAAAACUGAACAAAAACAAAGGUGUCUACGAUAAGCUAUUAGCUGCUGCGAGUGAACGAAGUGGCAAGGCGAGUGGCAGAGACCUAGAGGUUAUUGAACGAGAUUUGCAUAGAACGUUUCCAGAAAACAUUCAUUUUCAGCGACAACCAAAUGAUACCGAGGAGCCCUUAAUGAUACAGUCGUUGCGCAGGGUGCUAGUUGCAUUCUCGGUUUAUAAUCCCAAGAUUGGGUAUUGCCAAUCUAUGAAUUUUCUCGCAGGUCUACUCUUGCUCUUCUUGGAUGAGGAGCGAACAUUUUGGAUGCUAGUCAUCAUUACAUCAAGAUACUUGCCUGGUGUGCAUAAUGUGAAUUUGGAGGGUGUGAAUGUAGACCAAGGAGUUUUGAUGCUUUGUGUUAAAGAAUACUUGCCAGAUUUUUGGCCAAAGAUUGUUCCUAAGCAGCACGCCCGCAACAAUGAAUUUUUGUACAAACUCCCACCUAUUACUUUGUGCACUGCAAGCUGGUUCAUGAGCUGUUUCGUAGGUGUGGUCCCGAUUGAGACCACCCUGCGUAUCUGGGACUGUCUAUUUUAUGAAGAAUCCCACAUCCUGUUCAAAAUGUCCCUCUCGAUGCUCAAAAUUUGUGAGCAGGACAUUGCGGCAGCACGUCAAAAUAAUCGCGCUUUGCGAAGCAGGACUCUCAGUAAAGACGAUGAAGACAUCGAAAUAUUUCAAGCAAUUCAAACCACUCCUAAGAAGCUGCUGGACCCUCAGCAAAUAUUUGACCGCAUACUUUUUAAAAGACGAUUUUCACUAAACAAUCUAAAUCAAGAAGAGAUUGAUAGAUGCCGAAAAUACGUUACAUCCCAGCGUCUGAAGUUGAAGAAUUACGCCGAUAUUAUGGGUAAUAGACCAUCUGCUAACGAAAAUGCCAAAAGGGAUAUCAAGAUGGGCCCCGAAUUUGUAGAGAGCGCUUUAUCUUCAGAAAUUUACGGAUUCAGACGGAGUCUGACCGCCGCUCACUGGAACAAUAGCAUAAAAGAAAAGGUCAGACAAAUUCGAAGAAAGUAA